GAUUGGCAGAGAGGGAUGGAGCACACUGAAUGGAGGCCAGUGGAGGGAUUGGCAGAGAGGGAUGGAGAACACUGAAUGGGGGCCAGUGGAGGGAUUGGCAGAGAGGGAUGGAGGACACUGAAUGGGGGCCUGUGGAGGGAUUGGCAAAGAGGGAUGGAGGACACUGAAUGGAGACAGUGGAGGGAUUGGCAGAGAGGGAUGGCAGACAUGGAAUGGUUAGUAAGGUGGAUGAGUCUGGCAGCAGCAUUCAUGAUAGAAUGAAGAGGGGAUAGCCUUCGAUGAGGUCGGCCAAUGAGGAGUGAGUUACAAUGAGGGGAGG